AUGGAAACGCCCAGCGGCGACACGCGCAUAGGCUCAUACGCCAACUGCACCCCCAUCGCCGAGGGCGUCACUUCCACCGUCUACCGCUCCGCGGACGGCGCGACCGCCCUCAAGGUCAUCACCGCGCACCACCCGCUGCCGCCCCACGACCCCCAGCGCGAGGUCCGCGUGCUGCGGCUGCUGGCAGGCUCGCCGCGCACCGUCCCGCUGCUCGACGCCUUCCGCGACCAGUCCCAGCAGCAGGUCCUCGCCUUCCCGUACAAGCCGCUGACCCUCGAGGCGCUGCUUCUCGACACCAAGGCGGCGGCCCUGUCGCCGGCGCAGGUCCGGUCCAUCUUCGGCGACGUGCUGCGCGGGCUCGCGCACGUCCACGAGCAGGGCAUCGUGCACCGCGACGUGAAGCCCUCCGCCAUCCUGCUGGAAGGCCCGUCCGGGCCCGCGUACCUGUCCGACUUUGGCACGGCGUGGCACCCGACGCUGUCGGCGGGCGCGGAGCCCGCGGCCGCCAAGAUCCUAGACAUCGGGACGGGGCCGUACCGCGCGCCGGAGGUGCUGUUCGUCAACAGGGCGUACGGCGCGGAGGUGGACGUCUGGGCGCUCGGCGUGAUGCUGGCCGAGUGCGUGAUGGCGCCGCCCCGACCGCCGUUCGAGUCGCGCCCAGCGCACGAGGACGGCAGCCAGCUCGGGCUCAUCCUAAGCAUCUUCAAGACGAUGGGCACGCCGACGCCGGAGACGUGGCCGGAGGCGGAGGGGUUUCAGGUGUCGCCGUUUGAGAUGUGGACGGUGUUCCCGCGGAGGUCUUGGCAGGAGAUACUGCCUACCGUGGACCAGGACUGGCGGGAUGUGAUCGCGGCCGCGGUGCGGUACAGCAACCGCGCGACGGCUCAAGAGCUUUUGCAAUACAAAUGCAUUCUAUGA